GACACAUUCGAUACCGAUACCACAAACGCAAACUUUGUGGCAUUUAUACCUCAGUCAAGUUGGAUAACUAAACCCCGCUUCGACUUUACACAACUACAAGAACAACAGCUUCGAUAGCUCGUUGUUUCGUCCACUCUCUAGCAACACACACACACACACAAUCGAGGCCCGUCGGCAAUCUCUCUUUUUUUCUUACGCAUAUAGCGUCAACGACUUUCUCCACAAACGACAACUUGAUACAAACGUAUGGACGAUAUGGUUUCAAAUCAACUUCUUCUCGCGCUUCUCAUUACGCUCAUUACCCUCCUUCUCCUCGCCGCAUCCCUCUACACCAUCCUCCGCCUCAUCAAGUCUCGGCGCGUUACUUCAUCCACUGCACCCCUUCUACCAACUCAUGCACAACUCAAUUCAAGUCCCGUAAUGCAACAUCAUGCAUUCGCGAUUAAUACGGAUACAGUCCGUUCUACGACUACGGUUUCUGGACUACAGGUCCCUGAAAUUAGGAUCACGUUCCCGGAGGAGGAGAACCUCGUUGAUGAGGCUGGGAAUAGAAGGAGUAGGACGGUGAUUGUGCAGGUUGGGGAGAGUGGUGCGGCGUAUGUUAGGUCGCCGCCGGUGUAUGGGAGGGAAGACGGGUUUGAGGAGAUGAAGGUUGAGGAAUUGGGUGGGUUGAAGGAGAAUGUUCGUGAGGUUCCUGCUGCUGCGGCAUAGGAAGUUUGAGCAUGAAGCAUGUUGGUUGGAAGCGAAGCUGGAUUUACUUGACAAAAUUCUGGGGUUGGGUUCUUGACUUUUCUGAU